GGAGGGAGGAUAAAGCAUUUCCUUUUUUCCAAUUCCAUCACACUGCGGAGCAAAACCCCAGGCUGCUGUACAAAAUAGUGAGGAUUAAAGUGAACAGACCUAGAGGAUGCAACAGAAACUUCCAUCCAGCACAGUGGGCGCUAGACAUUGUGGAAAUAAGAGGAUAGAGUUCAUCCUGGAUUUAGCAAAGUUUGACGUCUUUUCUUCCGUGGACAUGAGGAAUAGGCUGGAGUGUCAUCACUGAAGUGUUGCCUAAGGGAAAGCAAAUCUUUUCACAUCUGAGACUUUGGGUUCAUUUAAGAAAGUGCAAGUUGAGGGAAACAUUUUCACCAAGUUCUCGACGGUUUUCCAGAUCAGCAGAUCCAGACAACGGCUAAUUAAAUACAUCACACCCUAAAGAAAAAAGUAGCGCAUUUCCUCACUUUUUGCAACUUAGGAUUUUAGACUUCAUUAAAGUCGCUGAUAUGAACACAUGACUAACUUUAAUUUUCGUUCUGGGACUUUAAUGCAAACACUCCCAAGAAUAACGGGGUGUGAGAGUCUUUGUGCUGGAUAUCUACUCUGUCGACAUUUUUGGAUAUGGACGGACACAGAGGAGACUGAGUAAAGAAACCGUUUUAAUAAGUAAGAUUUAGGCAUAUCAUAAAAUGUUAUUUGGGUGAAGUUCCUGGAAACUCGUAAGGGAAGUCCAAUGAGUAGCACACAGUCAACACUCACCGACAGGACCCCAAGCAUUCUGAACAAGGACCCCACAGACAAAAAACCAAAGAAUGACAAGUUAUCUGUCCCCCUCAAACACGAGUUUGACCCUACAGGUCUUGUCCAGCGUUGUGUGAUAAUCCAGAGAGAUGAAAAUGGCUUUGGGCUGACAGUCAGCGGAGAUAACCCUGUGUUUGUGCAGCUGGUCAAAGAAGAUGGAGCUGCAAUGCGAGCUGGUGUCCAGACAGGAGAUAGGAUCAUUAAGGUUAACGGGACCUUAGUCACACAUUCAAACCACAUAGAAGUUGUAAAGCUGAUAAAAUCGGGUUCCUAUGUAGCUCUGACAGUGCUGGGGAGGCCUCCGGGGCUUCCUCAGAUUCCCCUGGAGGAGGAAAAGGAAGAGAAAGAGGAAGGAGAAAAGGUCAACUUGUCCUCAUCUCUCUCAGCGCCGCACUCACCUGCACUGCCAGGUGGCGAGCGAUGCACCCCCUCGAUCAGCAGCCCCCAGGAACACAUGACCCCCCCUCUGCCUGAUGGAGCCACUGUAUCCAGAAAUGGUGAGGCUGAGGAUGUGGACAGUGGAUCUCCCAUGAGGGAACACAGCUCAUUCUUGCGGGGUGACAACGCUAGCGACUGGCCCUCGGCUAACAAUAACACUAUGAAUGGCAGCCUCCUCUCAGAGAGUCCUGGCAAAAGAGAAACACCCUGUCAGAGCCCGAACAUCAGCCUGCAAGACAGAUUCAGUUCCUGCUCAUCGCCUGACACUCAGGACACAGUUGACACUGACACCAGUGCCCAGUGCACUGUGGGUAAUCCUCCCUACCUCCUGAACCCCCAGAUCAUUGGAGCAGAAGACGACUACUUUGACUGUCAGCAAGAACAGAUUAAUGGACAGUGCAGCUGUUUCCAGAGUAUAGACAUGCUGAAGUCUCGGCCAGCUCACCUUGCAGUCUUCCUCCAUCAUGUCGUCUCGCAGUUUGACCCUGCACCUCUGCUGUGUUAUCUCUACGCUGAUAUGUACAAGCAAACCAGCUCCAAAGAAAGCAGACGCAUCUUCAUGGAAUUCCACUCCCUCUUCAUGGAUCGAACAGCAAAUCUUAAAGUUCCAGUGCCUGAGACAAUUGCGGCUGAAAUGGAGAAGCGGAGGCUGGAGUUAAUCCCAGAGGAACUCUGCAAGCAGUAUACUCAGAUGCUACAGGAUACACUUCUACCAGACUUGCACAAGAACUUGGAAGACUUCCGACAGAAACGCAGCAUGGGUCUCACUCUGGCUGAAGAUGAGCUGUUGAAACUGAACAUAGAGCAAAGAAAAGACCAGCAGGCCUUGGACAAGGAAUGCUCCUGUGCUGAAAACAUCCUCUCCAAGAUAGAGGAUAUCCUGUUGACAUCACAGCCCUCAGAAGAGGACAAGUGCCACAUGAUGCAGUAUGUGAUUCUCACCUAUAUGAAACACCUCGGGGUGAGAGUGAAGGAGCCUCGUGGCCUCGAGCAUAAGCGAGUGCGAAUCAAUUUCCUGCCGAAAAUUAAGAAGACUAUCAGGCUGGAGAAGGAGGGUGAGGAGAAGGUGAAAAAGCCUCGGUUUCCCAACAUCCUCGGACCUCCUAGGCGCCUGAGCAGAGUGGAUUCAACUUCAGUUGGUAAGGCUGUGGAGAUUAACAAGCAGCGGCCAGCAAAGCAGCCCUCUCAGCCUGCCUUUGGCAUCCUUGAGCAGCUCGACUCUUCUGCCUCAAAUUCUGGACGAAGCCGUGGAAAUCAGCUCAGUGAGGGAUCAGACACUGGUUCCCAUGUUUCGCCUUCCACCUCAUCUCCUUCACACAGCUCUCCCUUUGGUCAGGCUUCAGAUACAAGUGGACAGGAUUCAGACUCCAAUGUGUCUCCGAUGUCCUUCCAGUCCAGACUGAGCGAGGGCCUGCUGCCUGGCGACCACCAGGACGGCUUCUCUAACCCAGCCAGUACUCAGUUUGACUUCAGUCCCUCCAACCUGGACCAGUUACAAGAGGAAGAUCAUGAGACUUUCAGUAGGAUGGAGGUGCAGUGUGGACUGAGUUCAGCAGACAUCCACAGUGAAGACGACCAAGGAGGUGAGGCAGAGUGUGAAGAAGACCCUCUGAACUGGCAGAGUUUGGUCAGUCGAGGUGUCUUGGCAAGCCUAACGCCACAGGAGAUCAAACGGCAGGAAGUCAUCAACGAGCUUUUCUACACAGAGCGUGCCCACUUGCGGAUGCUGAAGGUGUUGGACUGUGUGUUUUACCAAAGGCUGAACAGAGACGGCAUCCUGCCACCAGAAGACAUCAAGCAUAUCUUUAUUAACCUGGAGGAAAUCAUUCAGCUGCAUGCUACUAUAAUGGAACAAAUGACGGCAAUCAGGAAGAGGAAUGAGACAUCGGUGAUUGGUCAGAUUGGCGACGAUCUCCUGGGAUGGUUCAGCGGGGAGGAAGAAGAGAAGAUAAAAAUAAGGGUGGGCACGUUCUGUAGUAACCAGCCACCAGCUCUGGAGCUCAUCAAGACCAGGCAGAGGAAAGACCAGAGGUUCAACUUAUUUUUGCAGGAAGCUCAAAGCAACCGUCUGUGUCGCAGGCUGCAGCUUAAAGACAUCAUUCCUGUAGAAAUGCAGAGAGUGACCAAAUACCCUCUCCUACUGGACAAUAUUGCUAAGUACACAGAGGAUGGUGAGGAGAGGGAAAAGGUGAAGAAAGCUGGAGAAUGUUGCAAAAAGAUCCUCAACCAUGUCAACCAGGCUGUCAAAGAGGCUGAGAAUAAGCAGAGGCUCGAGGAGUAUCAGAGAAGGUUAGACCUCUCAUCACUCAAGCAGAGUGAAAACCCCAUGAUCCUGGAGCUGAAGAAUCUGGACCUGACCAAGAGGAAGAUGAUACAUGAGGGUCCUCUCUCUUGGAAAAUCAAUAAAGACAAGACCAUUGAAAUGUAUACAAUCCUCCUGGAGGACAUUCUGGUUUUGCUGCAGAAACAGGAUGAGCGCCUGGUUCUCAAAUUCCAUGGCAAGAAUCUGGUCAGCACCACUGACACCAAGCACAUCUUCAGUCCUGUCAUCAAACUCAACACGGUUUUGGUUCGUCCAGUGGCAACUGACAACAGGUCUUUCUUCGUACUGUCCAUGUCAGAAAACGGGGCUCAGAUCUACGAGCUGAUGGCUCAGACGGUGUCCGAUCAGAGAAUGUGGCAGUGUUUAAUCACACAGUGUGCUGAGGCCAUGAAGGCCAAGCCUCAUAACAGUGACACAGCUCAGGCUGAUGCUGAGCAGGAUGCAAUUGAUAUCAUCAGCUGUGAACUGCCCAGAUCGAACAAAGAUCCUAAUGGGACGUCAGCCGGAGGUAUUCACUCUACAGACAUUCAGGCUCCACCGAUGAGUAUCAACCCCUUUGAUGGCAUGAAAUCAGAGGAUGAGGAGGAUGAGCUGGCUAUGUCCGAGAGACACGAGGAAGAGGAGGAGGAUGAACAGGUGGAUGAAGCAGAAUUAGAAGCCUUCCUGGAUGGGCAGCUGGCAGACAGGUUGCCCUUCCUGCGGCAGGAAGGUUCACGUCAGGGCAUUGCUAUUGAAAACCAAGAAACUGAAUUCAUCAUACCCUCCUCCAAAGCUGAAGAUGCUCUACAGACAUUGGCAUUGCUGAAGCAGGCUAUUUUCAACCACAUGAUGAGCAGAGAGGCAGAGGAGGAGAAAGAGAAGAACAAGCAGACUGGGACCCCAGGGUGUCAGCUGACUGCCUCCUCGACUGGGGGCCCUGAGGGGCUUCCUGCUGCAUGUGAUGAGAGCCAAACAUCUGGUCAUUUUUCUGGACACACAGACCCCCCUGAGACAAGUGAACGCAAUGGUGGUUUUGUUGUUCUGGAUUUCAGUGUGUGCUCCGAGGAGAGCAGCACAGAUGAUGAUGGUGGAGGUGAUGUGGGGAUAGACAUGAGAAAACUGCUGUCUUCUUCCUCACAGACAGGGGAUGGCCCCAACCUCAGCCGGCAGCUUAUGACCCACCUGCGCCUCCUACAGGCUGACUUGCAGUAUCUGAAGGAGGUGGAGAUGAAGUACAACGAGCUGUGUCAAACACACAGUGACACGGCUACUGACUCAGAUGACAACAAUGAUGGGAUUCAGACAUAAAAGACUUUCUAUUCCCUCGGUCAUAUGAGAAAAGGUUUAAAUCACUUCAUCCUCAGAACUCUGGUUCAGCUCAAUAAUGGAAGCUUAGUGUCUGAUCGGUGACUUUCCACAAUUAGUGGAAGGUGUUAUCAUCAUGUUGAGCAGGAGCUACUUCUUACAAGAGACACUGUGGAAUUACCAGAGGAUGGGUCAGUCACCUUUUACUAUAAUAGCAGUCAAAUGCAUAAACUAUCUUAAACGCUGGAUAUUUGAAAUGGAAAAGGAAGGGUGUGAAGUCACACAGAUAUACAGCAGAGAAGUAUUCAGAAAUGAAAAGAGGCAUGAAAGCUGUGUCAGUGACCAGAAUGAUUAUCUGAUGAUAAACAUAGUUUGACUUGUUCAGGACUCAGAGUACUGUGUAAGCUUGAUGUAAAUAUCUGCAAUAAGAGAUAAGAGCUAUUCAGCCCAGUAUGCUUCAUAGUUGAAUAUGCUUAAAGAUGGACUUCCUUAUUUUGUAACAGCCCUGAAAGUUUCUUAUCAGCAUACUGAUUGUUUUUUUUAUUUUUUAUUUCAGCAACAUUCACAGAAAUUGUUCAAAAGCUGUUAUAAUAAUGAUGAUAAUAUCAUUCUUACUGUUCCCAAAUGUCUCAAAGGCUGUUUUAUAUUGUACUAUAUGUUUUUAUCUUAACUUGGCAAAAUGCUGAAAUUGAGGAGGAACAGUUAGCCUGACUAUGUCUAAAAACACAGCUAAAUCUCACCAGUUAACAAAUUGUGUUUUGAUUGUUUAAUUCAUACACAAACAGUAAUGUAAACAUUAGUUUGUGGCUUUGACAGAUCUAGGAUAGCUGUUUCCCCCUGCUGUCACUCAUUAUGCUAAGCUAAGCUAACAGCAUACUGGCAUCUACAUACUGAAUGCACAGGCAUGAGAAGGUGCUGUAUUCACACAAAAUCUCACUCUUGAAAAGAAAGUAGAUAAUCAGAAUGGCGAACUGUUCCUUUAAACAGCUAAAAUAGUUGAGGCAUUUGAUUGUAAAAUUCAUAUUUUUUUUUGUCUAGGUAGAUUGGAUUGUAUUUGUGGCGACUGGAUACUGAUUGUUGGGCAAAUAGCAUGCAAGUAUAAAGCAGUAUAGCAACUAAACUUCCUAUUACACUUGAAUGUAGCAUAAUAUGGCAAACAAAUAAAAACAUCUAAUGAGGAAGGCCAGGAUGCACUUCACUGCUAAAGUUUCAUGUACCAACCACCCAGCCAAACUAAACAUGUCUUGCUAAAAAAAUAAACAAACAAUAGAGAAGGAUGGAGCGGCAGAUGGAGGAAAAACAGAAACUCCUUAAUCUUUGUGUUUAAAAAAAUGAAUCAAUGACUCAUGGAUCAAUAAAGCGCCAAACAUUGUGCAGUAUGCAAAUUGAAACAACAAAAACAACAGCUAUGAAAAGAAAUGCUCAUACACUGUGUAACUGCUGGUAUUUUUCUGAUGCCACAUGCAUCUAAUAGCACCACCUAACAGAUUUUGCAGAGUGUGUGCACAUUACAUUUUAAUGAAUUGAACUUCAUUAUAGAAUUACAUUUUUCCAUAUUUGUAUAUGUCCAUGAUAGUGUGCACAAUGAUGUGAAUGACAAACCUGAGUUUUUUUCCCUUUUCUGUACAAACACUAAAAAUGAAUUUAAUCUUUUUUCACCUGAAAAAAUGUCAGAAUGUUUUCAGUUCCUGCAACCAACUAUUCAUAAAACCCACCCUCAGCUUGUAAUGCCAGCUUGCUUUGCAUUUCAUUCCCAGCUCUUUGUCUUUAGGCAGAAAGAUUCACUCAUCAGACCUCUGCACCUCACUGUCAUGGUCGUACCACAAGACUGCACAGGUGACAUUAUGGCUUUGACUUUUGGACAAAAGAGACAAAAAGAAAAGAGAAACCUAAAAUAUUUAUAUAUAUGAACAAGAACGAUUGUUAUGGACUGUUUUUAAUGUAAAGAAAUAUAAUGUACAAUUAUGACUAUAGCAAAUGUUUUUCGUGUUGUACUUGUUUUUUUUUUUUUCGCAGUUCAAUCAUGUAACGUUUUAACAGAAACUACCUAAAAAGAGGAUGUUGUAUCUGUGCUGCAUCAAUUUGUUUUGUAAAUGUUCUUUUCAAAAUGUAAUUUUUAUUAUUACAUCACUAUUAACCCUGCUAUCCUGUUUGCUGACUUUGGUGAGAAAACAAAGUGGCUCAUUUUUGAGAGGAGACUGAAAUGAAGAGAAAGAAAAUGUACAUCUUCAUUUUAGCUGGUCUCCGGUGGAGAGUUUCAAAAUCAAUUUAAGGGCUCAGUUUGUAUCUGGGACAUGCCCACCACCAGCACAAAAAUCUCUUUGGAUCUGAUUGCAGGCUGUAUGGCCAUGUUGCACACUUCAAAACUAAAAGUGGAUUUUUUAGGAACCUCCUCUACAUAAACAAAUUAAUCAUUUUUAAUUGGUUAAUCCAUCCAUUUUAUACAGCUUCUCCAGAUCCAGGAUGCAUUAGUUAGUUAAUUAUAUCAGAAAAAAAUUAUUGUUAUAUACAGUACCACUGGAAUAUUUUUUCCCCACACAAAUGUGAUAUAAUAAA